UCCUGCGCCACACACUCUUGAUGCUCGGUAGUUAGUUCGUGAGUGUUGGACAGAGCUGGAACGAGAAGCUUCUUUAGAGUUUCUUUAGAAAAACAAAAAGCUGCGCGUUAACCAGUUUUCUGCGGCACUUGACACUUUGCUCUGUCAGGAACUUUGGUCUGUCGGGAUAUAGUGCCUUUGGAAGGAGCGUAAAUCGGACACUUUCCCCGCCACGAAAAGUGUUUCGUGUGCGCGAAUAAACACAACUCUGGAUGAAAAGCCAGCUAAACGAAAUGGGUCCUUUCGCAGCACUGCUGUGGAUUUCACAUUACGCGGGACUUUUUGUUCAGCUGAACGCGAGUGGGGAUGUGGAGGUGGACAACCAUGUAUCUGGUAACGCUCUUUUCACAGAAGUUCCUCAUGACAUCAUCAGUCAGACUGGUCAGGAUGUGGAGAUGGCAUGCUCUUUCAGGGGUGCAGGCUCUUCUUCAGUCUCGUUGGAGAUCCAGUGGUGGUAUCUGCGGUACCAUAGAGAAUGGUCUGAGAAACCUGCCUGGACAAAUAAUCAGGUUGUUCCCAUUGAAGAACUGACAAAGGAUGCUACUAAAAUAAGUGUGGUGAAAGUGGCUGGCAGCAACAUCUCUCACCGGCUUCGUCUGUCAAACGUCAAACCUUCAGACGAAGGCAUGUAUGAGUGUAGAGUGAUUGACUUCAGCAAUAACCGCAUACAGCACCACAGAGUGCAAGCUUACUUGCAGGUAAGGCCACCAGGCCCUGACUCACAGCUCCAUCAAGAGGAAAACCUGCAUAGUGAAGAGAGGAAUCUUCACCAUGGGAAACAUCAUUUGCACAAGGGGAGCAGUCAAGUCAGGGUGAGAGAUAAGCACAAUAACAGAGACCUAGAGCUGCAUCAUGGAGACUAUACGCUUCAAGGGAAUGAUCAUCACGAAAGUCAUCAUGAGCUCCAGGCUAAUGAAGGAGGGAAGAAGGAAUCACCUUCAGCUGUACAUCACGGAGAUCAUAACAUAAAGGAGCAUCAGCAUCUCCAUGAUGGGAAAAACCAUCAGGUGAAUAAACACAUACAGGCAAGCAAGAUGAAAGAAACAAAAAGUCACCAAUCAGAUGUGAAAGGUCAUAAAGAACAUGCUACAGAGUUACAUUCCAGUGACUGUUCAAGCAAUGACUGUGUGCUCUAGAGCAUUACAGAGAAAAACAAGCAUUCAACAAGAAGAAAAAAAAUGAAAUAAAGACUUUUCUAAGUGUUGCAAAACAGAAUGUAGAGGUAGUAGAGGAUGCAGGGAGUCAGUAAAAGGUGUGCAUGUAAAAGCAUUAUCAUAAGAAUGUUCAUUAAUUUCAAAGAGAAAUGUUGGAGAUUAUUUUGUACCAAAAGUGUUAAAACAUUAGAUGAUUUAGAGAAACAUUAACAGUCAGAAUCUGAAAAAAAUGCUGCAAAUACAGACUAAGAAUACAAUAAGAAGAAUUACUAUAAUAAAAGAAAUUACAGUUGGUUUUUCAAGAGCACAUUUUUCACAGUUGGGUCUUACAAACAGGAAACAGUUUAAGUAUCUAUUGGUCAACUAGAAUUUAGCCGAGUGAUCUGGUAAAAUAUUUAAGAAGAGCUCAUUAAAAAUUAAAAUCAGAAGCAUUUGCAGUAGCCCUGAUAGAAAUAACACAUGUAGGAACAAAGUAGAUUAAACACAAUAUCAUUCAAGUCAAGUCAUAAAGCUUUUAUUGUCAUUUCAACCAAAUACAGCUGGUGCAGCACACAGUACAAUGAAGCAACAUUCCUCCAGAACCCUGGUGCUACAUAAAACACAGAACUACAGGAGACAACACAGAACUAAGUACACUGCAAAUUUAUUUAUUUGUUAUUUUUAAACACGCUUUUAUUAUUCUGUCAAUAUGUGGAGCAUCCACCAUACAAGUCCCUGCAUAUGUGCUGUUACUAUAGAAACAGUACCAUAUUAGCAUAAGCACAUUAAUACAAACCCAUCGUUCAUGUUAGAGCUUCAACUACUGUUCUACUACACCACUGCAGUUAUACAGAUAUAAUGUAUGCCUUCUGUAACAGCAAGGCUCUGAGAACUGUCUCUUAAAACCAGUCCUGAAGCAUGAUGUGUCAUUCACUAAUGCAUUAGAAAUUGUAAUGGAAAUUAUUAGGGAGUUAAUCUAGUAUAAGAGGAAUAAAACACAUGCUUAUAUAGGACGUUUCAUGUCCGGCUGCUAAAAAUGACCAUAUCCACAUGUUUAGCCGUGUAAUUUUUAAUUGUUAUCCAACUGGAUGAUGUGAGGACACCCCAAUUACCAUCCACAAACAAAGCUGUAAAGUAAAAUACAAGAUAAUUCUGCUUAUAGAACUAUUUUAUACCACAAUUUACAAUAACUCUUACCUAAAUUUUGUGCUUUGGCUUAUUGCGGCUAGUUAUCUGGGGAACUAAGUUAUUACCAAACAUGCUGUUAUAGCAUCAUUUAACUUACAGCAAAUUAUUUGAUUUGUAUUUAAUUGUUUUAUUUUUUUAUGCACAUGCUUGGACAUCUUCUGAUCAGUUCGAAUCACUGCAUGAUGCAUAGCUACAAGACGGUGAACACAAAACGGUGUCUGUUUUUCCGCUAAUUCUUUGUAUUUGCCACCUCUGAAGGUAAAUAAAUGAAUAAAUCUUGUAAUUUUGUUUAAUACUUUUGGCACAAAAUCCAACAGAACCUGACAUCAGUAUGUACUGUAAAUUACUACACAAUAUCUUAGUUUAUUUCCCUAGUCAAGGUUUUACUUCGCAGUGCAUUUCCUUUAUACAUGCCCGUUUUUGUCAUGUUGGCCUAGACGAUUUGUCCAAGAGCUGGGUUCUGCUGGUAGACAUUUUUUUUCCGUACCUCUCUGGUCUGCUUCCUGUUCAGAAUGCUCUUGGUGUGUGUGUGUGUGUGUGUGUGUGUGUACUGUAUGUGCACACUACAUACAGUACAGUUUUGGAUAAUGACUGUUUAUGCCUACAAAUUCAACCAAAUUUCCAGACUAGCUAUUGUGUAAAGGUUGACCAAAAGUAACUGCAGCAUUAGCAGCGUGUCACUGUUUUUUGCUUUCAUGUUGUUGAAAAGAAAAGAAAAAAUAAUUCUUUGCCGUGUUGAAUUUGUUCUGCCUUGAUGUUUUGAACAUUCUACAAACUUAGUACAUUUCAAAAUACAUUUGUGUGUUGAUGUAGAAGGACAAAAACAUGUAUAUUAUUAAACAAGUCAUUGAAAACUUAAAAAUA